CAUUAUCGUAUAAUUUUGUUAAUACCGCUUAUAAUGAUUACCAUCCCUGGUAUGGAUAGAGCCUGUUAGUCUGCUGAACUUGCGUGAGAAUCACAGCUGCAUUCGCUGGAAAGAUCUUAAAAUGAGAAACUCAGAGGCCAGCGAAAUGAGUGACAGACCGGACCGAAGUGGGCCGGAGGGAACCGAAAACACGCUCUCAAAUUGAAUAGUUGCUGCAGCUGGUGUCCGAGAAGAUCCAAAAAUAAACGGCAUCAAAGUGCCCAGGCGGGCUGGACCACUGUGGACCAUUGUGCUGUCCAGUACUGCUCCGGGAGCCCGAGCCCGUUGAACUGAGUGACGAGUAUUACGACGCAGCGCUGCACAGCCGGAGGAGCCCAUAGCCCCACCAGCAGAGCUCUGGGCACAGCAAAUUCACUUUUUCAAAAAAUGUAUUUAGUGCAGGGGCGACAUUCGCAGCGACAACGAAAACGACAGCGACAGCGACAGCAACAGCAACAGCGAGAGCAACAGAUAUUUGCGAACUUUGCAGACUUGACUUGCAGCACUGAGCACGUCGGAAAGCAGCGACAAUUGAGAGGAGGAGAAUCUGCCGUUGCAGUUUCUUGCGGGGGAGUCAGCAGAAGAAUAGGCUUCCAAUUCAGGAACGGGCUCGUGCUGCUGCUACUGCUGUUGCUGCGUCGCUCAUAUUAGAGCUGAGCAAACCCUAAACCAAACCCUAACCUUGAGCAAACCGCAGCAAGAAAAGAAGCCACAUCGUUGAAAGAGAACAUGGCCAAAUUAGUGACUUAUAUCUUUAUCGUCAGCUCCGUGGUGCUGUGGUAUCUGCUGUUAUUCGAUGGCAGCAGAGGCGUGGAGGCCACCAACGGGCACGGCAGCCAGCUGGAGGGACGCGACUUCCACCACCACGGCGGGAGCCACCACAUACGCCGUAACAUCAAUCACUGCUGGCGGCGCUACGAUGGCUACAACCUGCAGAACACCAUUGUCAACAAGAAGGAGCAGCUGAAGAAGCCCUACGGCAUAUUGUGCAAUUUCAAGUGCACUUGGUUUUUCACAACAAGCUUCCCCACUUGCGAGUUUAUCUAUGACUAUAAGCUAUCCUGCGUGCUGUUCACCUCACUGCCCGACUGUACCACCGUCAAGUGUACGCUCUUAAAUUAUUUUAGCUAGAGCCCCAGCUGCUAGCCCAGCCCCGCUCCCCACUGCUUUGCAGGCCAUAUCCGUAUACAUAUUGAUAGCUAUUUUAUUGUAUUUAUUUAUAUUUCAGUAGCAGUCUAAGAUUUUAUUUUCAUAGCAUAAGUCUGAUUACUACUAGAUUUUAUAUGGAAAUGGAAAACGUUUAAGCGGUGCAUAAAGAGGGACAGAAACACUUUGAAUCAUCUCUUUGAAUUUGAAAUCAAUCGAAGCUACUCCGAGUGUGCAUA